UUUACAGCGCUCACUUCAAGUAAAUGGAGAAUUUUAAUGGUUUGUCGAUGCUACCGGAGGAUUGUACUGCGAAAAUCUUGGCCUUUACAAGCCCUCUCGACGUCUGCCGCAUUUCCCUCGUCUCUAAAUCACUUCAUUCCGCCGCGGAGUCUGAUUCCAUUUGGGAAAAAUUUCUGCCCUCCGAUUAUCAGUCGAUCAUUGCUGCAUCACCGAGUCCCAUCCCUGAAUUUCAUUCAAAGAAGGAUCUCUUUGUUUAUCUCUGCCAUAGCCCUCUCUUAAUUGAUGCAGGUCGCAAGAGUUUCUCACUGGAUAAACGGACCGGAAAGAAAUGCUACUUUCUAGGUGCAAGGGAUCUUCAAAUUACAUGGAGUGAUACACCCCAAUAUUGGAAAUGGACUUCACUACCAGAGUCCAGGUUUCCAGAGGUAGCUGAGCUCAUACAUGUUUGGUGGCUCGACAUUCUGGGCAAAAUAAGAGCUGGGAUGCUGUCACCUCGGACAUCCUACACAGCUUACCUUGUUUACAAGCUGGAAGAUGAAUAUGGUUUUAUUUAUCGACCCUCAGAGGUUUCAGUUGGAAUUUCUGGUGUUGAAGUCGACACGCGAUUAGCAUUUCUGGUGCCUGAGGGUAGACCUCAACGGCGUGAUCGCUUUGAAGAGGCAGAGAUCGGGGAAUCAGAUGAUGAUUAUGAGGUUUUUACUCCACCCUCUGAUGUGGAUAUGGAGGAUGCUUCUAGUGUCAUGCAAUCUGAUAUUCAACGUCCUAAACUUAGAGAUGAUGGCUGGUUUCAGAUAGAAUUGGGCGAGUUUUUUACUGAAAAUGAAGACGACUGCAUAGAAAUGAGUAUGAAAGAGGUGAAAGACUCUGUAUCUCAUAAGGAAGGCCUUAUUGUUGAAGGAAUUGAGAUAAGACCAAGAAUAGGUUAAUCAUCAUAUAUUUUAUAGAAUAUUUUUGCUAUACAGCUACAAUGCAUUUCAAAUAGAGCAUGUUUCUUUUUGGACCA